AUGAUGGUGAAAGUGAAGUCAAAUAGUGGUUCUGUUGAUAUGUCCACUGUUGAUUUUGAUGUUGAUGAAAUUUCUGGAAUUGUUUGCCUUGAUGAAAUUAAGAUUGCUGAGAAUGAUGUUUGUGUGAAGUCAAAUAGUGGUUCUGGAAUGCAUGCUGUUGUUGAUUCUAAAUUUGUUUCUGUGAAUGAGAAGAAUGAAGGAAAUACAUAUAAGUUGGAAUCGCUGUCAGUUACAGAAAUUGAUGUUGGAAUUGUUGUCGGGAAGAACUUAGUUCCUGGUUUCAUGAAUAACCUUAAGGCUACAGAUAACUUGUCUGUUUUGCCUGGAAUUGGUGUAUGUUUUGAAGCUGGGAUUGGAAAGAAUACUGUUUUUGAGGGUGGUGUUUUUCCUUUAGAAAUGAAUGAUUGGGUUAAAGCUGCGACUAUUUUUCGAGGUGGAACGAUGCUGUUGAGAAUGAUGGUUUGGGUUCAGUUGGCUACAUGUUUCAGAGGUGGCACCAAAGUUGCUGGAGGCUACAGGGAACUUAUAAUUUCACUUGAUGAAUAA